AGGUAGAAUGGUUAAUGGCCGGGGAUCUAGUAACCACCGGCUACCAUCGGCGUCGAGUUUCCAAUCCCGGAUAUGUUUUAUGAUGCUCUCGAUGUUCGCCACCAUGGCUUCGCUUUAUGUUGCCGGCCGAUUGUGGCAGGAUGCAACAAAUAGAGUUCAUUUAAUAGAAGAGCUUGAUAGACGAACUGGACAGGGGCAUUCUGCUAUAUCUGUUGACGAUACUUUGAAGAUCAUAAAUUGUAGAGAACAACAGAAGAAGCUAGUGGCUCUUCAGAUGGAGCUGGAAAAAGCACGGACGGAAGGCUUCGUUUCAAAUUAUUUCUCAGAAAAUAGUGGGACACAUAGAAAGAAAAAGCUUCUUGCUGUUGUAGGGAUCUUUACAAGGUUUGGUCGUAAGAAUAAUAGAGACGCAAUCCGUAAGGCAUGGAUGCCUGCUGGUACAGAAUCAUUUCCCUUGGUGCUGCUUCAAAGAAACUGGAGGAAGAGAAGGGCAUCAUUAUACGAUUUUGCAAACCGUGGAGACAUUUCAGAUAAGGACAUCGACAAUGAAUAUAGGCAGACUAAUGACUUCAUAAUUCUUAAUGAUUAUCUGGAGGCUCCUAAGGAGAGUUCAAAGAAGGCAAAAUUAUUUUUUGCUCAUGCUGUGGAGAAUUGGAAUGCUGAGUUCUAUGUUAAGGUCAAUGAUGAUAUCUACAUAAAUAUUGAUGCACUUGGAGCUGCACUUGCCAGUCAUUUGGAUAAGUCUCGUGUUUAUAUUGGGUGCAUGAAGUCAGGGGAGGUUUUCUCUCAACCGUCCCAGAAAUGGUAUGAACCAGAGUGGUGGAAAUUUGGGGAUGGGAAAUCAUAUUUCCUGCAUGCUUCUGGAGAAAUAUUUGCUAUAUCUCAUCCCCUGGCACACUUUAUCUUAAUUAACAGGUCCAUCCUUCGUACGUAUGCCCAUGAUGAUGUCAGUGCUGGAUCCUGGUUCAUUGGCCUAGAUGUUAAGCAUGUUGAUGAAGGGAAGUUUUGUUGCUCAUCCUGGUCAUCAGGGUCUGUUUGUGCGGCUUCCUAGAUUUUGAGUUCUGUGGGAUUAUUGAGAGACCUUGAAGAGACACACUGUUGAUUCACUUUCUGCAGCUUCUAUUCCAUCGAGUUUCAUGAGGACUCAUAAGCAUUCUUGUCAGUAGAAGUUGAUGUUCACUGGCUUGAGUUAGAUUGCAACAAGUUUCUUGUUAAUAGCAAUUUACAAGCGAGUCAUUAUCCUGGAAAGUGUUUCAGAUGCUGACGAUGUAUAAUACAGUAAAAAUGUAGAUUGUACCUUCAUAGAGAUUUAGUAUAAUUUUAUUACACCGAGCUCCAUGGUGUUUCAUAGA